CCGCCGGCGCCGCCGUGCAUGGGAAGGGAGCGGGCGGACGCUGCCUGCGCGCCGGGCUGCACCGCCAGCGCCGCCGGUCUAAUUAGAACCUGAUUGUGGCCUUGUCACCUCUGCAGUCAGUGACAGGUACAUUAUGUUCCACCACUGCUUAUGUGCCUGCUUUGUCUGACUUUCUGUGGAUUUCAGCAGUGAGUGAGUGGCUUGUGACAUGCUUAUUUAAAGGGCUUCAUCACUCCCAUGUUUAAUACAGAGAUUUCUCUAGUGAUAAAAAGGGAUAUCUGGAUGGAGCAAAGCAGGGAAGACUAACUGUGUUCAACUGGAGACUUGUUUGCUGAGAAAUACACGUGAAAGCAGUUUUCUUUUGUUUUUCACACCAUUGGUUUAACUAGCAUGUUUUAAUUGGACAGAUGAGCACACACUGUCUAAAAUCCAGUGAGAGGCAAAUGCUUUGAACAGAACCAAAACGAACUAUGGCUUGUCUUACAAUGACAAAUAUGGAAAGCACAGCAACUGCUUCUGUCCACCAGAAUGGUGACAUCCAUGGGAAUACCAGUGCACCCAGGCAGACAGAACCACUGCUUCAAGUGUACCUUUAUCAUUCUCCUGGGAAGACAGGAGAAGAUUGCCUUCAAUUUCCAGCUGGAGAAUAUGUUGCAGAAGAGCUUUGUGCUGUUGCCUGUAAAGCCUGUGGUAUCAUGCCAGUGUACCAUAACAUGUUUGCACUCAUGAGUGAAACAGACAGAAUGUGGUAUCCCCCAAAUCACAUCUUCCAUGUAGAUGAAGCAACUAGACUCAAGCUAAUUUACCGGAUAAGGUUUUAUUUUCCCCACUGGUAUUGCAGUGGCACCAACAGAGCGUAUCGGUAUGGCAUUAUUCGCGGUGCAGAAAGCCCUGUUCUUGAUGAUCUUGUCAUGUCUUAUCUAUUCGCACAGUGGCGAGCUGAUUUUUUGGAUGGAUGGGUACAGAUGCCUGUUACUCACGAAACACAAGAAGAAUGCCUUGGAAUGGCUGUUCUAGAUAUGAUGAGAGUGGCCAAAGAAAAGGACGAAACCCCACUGGCUAUUUACAAUUCAGUCAGCUACAAAACAUUUUUACCUAAAUGUGUGCGAGCAAAAAUCCAAGACUACCACAUUUUGACACGAAAAAGAAUAAGGUACAGGUUCCGCAAAUUUAUACAACAGUUUGGCCAAUGUAAAGCUACUGCCAGAAACUUGAAACUUAAGUAUCUUAUAAAUCUGGAAACCCUUCAGUCUGCCUUCUAUUCAGAGGUUUUUGAAGUAAAAGAACCUGGUGGAGGUCCUUCUGGAGAGGAAAGUUUUGCAACCAUUGUCAUAACUGGAAAUGGUGGAAUUCAGUGUUCAAGAGGAAAACUUAAAGACUGUGAGACACUUGCAGAGCAGGAUUUACAAACAUAUUGUGAUUUUCCUGAUAUCAUUGAUGUCAGCAUUAAACAAGCAAGCCAAGAGGGCUCCAGUGAGAGAAGAAUUGUCACGAUUCACAAACAAGACAGCAAGAAUCUGGAGGCUGAAUUUCAGUCAUUAAGAGAAGCUCUCUCCUUUGUAUCAUUAAUUGAUGGAUAUUACAGAUUAACUGCAGAUGCCCAUCAUUAUCUCUGUAAAGAAGUGGCACCACCAUCAGUCCUGGAAAAUAUCCAAAGCAACUGUCAUGGACCAAUUUUCAUGGACUUUGCUAUCAGUAAACUGAAGAAAGCAGGUAAUCAGACUGGUUUCUACGUCCUUCGCUGCAGUCCUAAAGAUUUUAAGAAAUACUUCCUUACCUUUGCUAUAGAGCGUGACAAUUCGACAGAUUAUAAACAUUGCUUAAUUACGAAGAAUGAGAAUGGAGAAUAUAAUCUUAGUGGAACAAAGAGAAGUUUUAGUAAUCUGAAGGAUCUCUUGACGUGUUACCAGACAGAAACUGUCCGUUCAGACAGCAUAAUUUUCCAGUUCAUCAAAUGCUGUCCCCCAAAACCCAAAGAUAAAUCAAAUCUCCUAGUCUUCAGAAGCAAUAGUGUUUCUGAUGUACCUUCAUCACCUACGCUACAGAGACACAACAAUGUCAAUCAGAUGGUCUUUCACAAAAUCCGCAAUGAGGACUUGAUAUUUGAGGAGAGUCUUGGACAGGGCACAUUUACUAAGAUUUUCAAAGGUGUAAGGAAAGAAGUGGGAGACUAUGGCCAGCUCCAUCAAACUGAAGUUCUUUUAAAGGUGCUGGAUAAAGUGCAUAGAAACUACUCUGAGUCCUUCUUUGAGGCAGCAAGUAUGAUGAGCCAGCUUUCUUACAAACAUCUGGUGUUAAAUUAUGGAGUCUGCGUGUGUGGAGAAGAGAACAUCCUUGUACAAGAAUAUGUAAAAUUUGGAUCCUUGGACACAUAUUUGAAAAAGAACAAAAACAUUAUCAAUAUUUUGUGGAAGCUGGAAGUAGCUAAACAGUUGGCAUUAGCCAUGCAUUUUCUGGAGGAUAAAGGCCUUGUUCAUGGGAAUGUCUGUGCAAAAAACAUCUUGCUUAUCAGAGAGGAAGAUAGGAAGUCUGGAAACCUUCCAUUUAUAAAACUAAGUGAUCCUGGCAUCAGUAUUACAGUUUUGCCAAGAGACAUUCUUCUUGAGAGAAUACCAUGGGUUCCUCCUGAAUGUAUUGAGAAUCCCAAACAACUAAGCCUGGCCACAGACAAAUGGAGUUUUGGUACCACUUUGUGGGAAAUCUGCAGUGGAGGAGACAAACCCCUGAGUGCACUGGAUUCUUCAAGGAAACUACAGUUUUAUGAAGAUAGGCACCAGCUUCCUGCCCCCAACUGGACGGAACUUGCCAACCUUAUAAAUAACUGUAUGGAUUAUGAGCCAGAUUUCAGGCCUUCUUUUAGGGCAAUUAUACGUGAUUUGAACAGUUUGUUCACUCCAGAUUACGAGCUAUUGACAGAAAGUGAUAUGUUGCCAAAUAUGAGAAUUGGAGCACUUGGAUUUUCUGGUGCUUUUGAAGAUCGGGACCCAACACAAUUUGAAGAAAGACACCUUAAGUUUUUACAGCAACUUGGCAAGGGAAAUUUUGGCAGUGUUGAGAUGUGCCGGUAUGACCCACUGCAGGAUAAUACCGGAGAGGUGGUGGCUGUGAAAAAGCUGCAACAUAGCACAGAAGAGCACCUGAGGGACUUUGAAAGAGAAAUUGAAAUACUUAAAUCUCUGCAGCAUGAUAACAUCGUUAAAUACAAAGGAGUAUGCUACAGUGCAGGUCGUAGGAAUCUAAGAUUAAUUAUGGAAUAUUUACCAUAUGGAAGUUUACGAGAUUAUCUUCAGAAACACAAGGAGAGGCUGGACCACAAGAAGCUUUUGCUGUAUGCGUCUCAGAUAUGCAAGGGCAUGGAGUAUCUGGGUACGAAAAGAUACGUUCACCGGGAUUUAGCAACAAGAAAUAUCUUGGUGGAGAAUGAGAACAGAGUUAAAAUUGGAGAUUUUGGAUUGACAAAAGUCUUGCCACAAGACAAAGAAUACUACAAAGUGAAAGAACCUGGUGAAAGUCCUAUAUUUUGGUAUGCUCCAGAAUCUCUGACAGAAAGCAAAUUUUCUGUGGCCUCAGAUGUGUGGAGUUUUGGUGUCGUCUUGUAUGAACUCUUCACCUAUAUUGACAAAAGCAAAAGCCCACCAGCUGAAUUCAUGCGCAUGAUUGGCAAUGAUAAACAAGGGCAGAUGAUUGUAUUUCAUUUGAUAGAGCUUUUGAAGAAUAAUGGACGACUACCAAGACCAGAUGGAUGUCCUGAUGAGAUUUAUGCUAUCAUGAAAGAAUGCUGGAACAAUAAUGUUGCCCAGCGCCCCACCUUUAGGGAUCUUGCUCAGCGAGUGGAUCAUAUAAGGGAAAACAUGGGUGGAUGAGACAACUGCCCCUCCUUCGGAGGAUGUGUUGGAAUGCAGAACAGAAUGUACCUGUGUAUAAUUGACAUAUGUGCGCAUCUUAUCCUUGCUGGAAGUAAAAUCUGUGUGGCAAAUAUCCUAUCUCAAUCUGCAUGCUGAGGAAUCCUGCUGGGUUUUUUUAUCAGGAUAUACUUGUUACUAUGAGAACAUGCUGAAAUUCUCAACAGGAAGAGAAAUUAUUUUUCUAAAUAAAAUAUAUAGUCAUUCAACACCACCAUUAUUUGCCUUACUUGGCAAUGCAAAAAAGAGGUGACUUAUAAUGCAGUGAGAUUUAGAGAUAAAAAGACAGUGUAUUUCCUUGUUGAAAUGGAGAUGCAGAGAAAAGACUUCUAGAAAUCCUUUCACACUGAGUAUAUAGUGACUUGGCAUCCUGUUUUGUGUGUUGCACAAGGACUUUUGUUUGUUAAUACAGUUUAAUGAUAUUUUCAUUGUUGAUGCAGAAAUGGCUCCUCUGUAUAACAAAAUAGAAGUGGUUAUGUAAUGCAGAAACUUCUAAUGUGCCUGUCUGAAUCAGUUAUCAGCCAGCAGUAUAUCCAAAGAGGUGUGAAGCUGUGUGAUGUACUGUAAGUAUUUUGAAAGAAAGGGAGCAAAUUGUUCAUACUUUGGAGAGCCAAAAAAAUGUACUCAUCCACGUGAAAAUUUUAAUUUAAAAAUGAAAAAGCAAA